GAUAUUUUGGCUUCCUGAAAACCGCAACUACCACACCUUCAUGGAGGUCCAUCAGCCACAUUUAAUGGAUUUACCGGAAGAGAUUUUAGAGCGAAUAUUUACUUUUUUGACUUACCAUGAAGUCUGCCGUCUGUUUGACUGCAUCGGAAGGGAAAUUUUGAAACGUGCAUUUCGCCAGCUGGAAGAGCAGAUACUCUGUUAUAGGAAAGAAUUGAAACAACAGCUUCCGCGGCGAGAAUCUGAACGUCGAAAACAUCCACUUUCUAGUCGAUCCGAAGUUCUUUCCGCUAUUGAAACACGUGUCUCUCUGUUGGACAUGAGUAUUAUGCGCUACACUGAGGAGGGCUACUGUGCAUUCUUUCCGGGGAAAGUUUUGGACGAGCUGCGACAUGUGUUUUGUAUUUUAAAACGUUCUCCCGCAAUUCCCCGACCGCAGGAAUUUCUUCAUGAACUUCGAGAUAUAUCCUCUAUGGCAAUGGAGUACUUUGAUGAGGCGCUACUUCCAAGCAUACAUGCGGCCAAAGAUCAUCAGGUCGUUCAAUGCUACUGGAUUCACUGGGAUGUACUUCGUCUCCUGGGGAUUGUCCUCUACGCUCUCCAAAUGGUUCUCGUCUAUCUGGAAUAUCGAGGCUGGUGA